GUAGUGAGGGAAACACUGCAUUUCAUCCUGUGCUGCUUUGCUGCAUGCAUGGGACAGAUUGUCAUACCAGCCAAAAGGACACAGCUUAGGGGAGAUAAUGGUUCCCAUUGAGUUUAAGGACCUGAAGAGAGUUUAGGUGCCCAUGUUUGCACAAAAAGACAGACUCCAGCUUUAAAAAGGAGGCCUCCCUGAUUGCUUGUCCUUGCUUGUUCCUAAAUCAGGUCCAGCUUUUUAUAUUUACUACAUUUUGCUUCUCAGCAUGGGUUGCUCAUCAUCCAGUGCGCAGACUGUGGAACAGGAGAAAAGACCAGGCACAAAGCCUGAGGAGACCAAAGGAGAUACAGUGGCAGUCAAAAAUGGUAUCAUCACAGAAGAUGUCCAAACCAUUGCGGAUCAGAUGCAGCUGCCUGCGCAGACCCCCUUACCAGAUGAUCUCAUAUCCGGACCUGAAGACGGAACCGAGGCCGUCUUAAUGGCCAUGGAGGCCCAGGAGGAUCUUGGCUCUGGGGAAGAUCUCUUAGAAGCUCCGGACCCACAACCAGAACCAGCAUCUAGUGAGGAGCUGGCCCCACAGCCUGCAUCCUCUGCAGCUGUAGAAGAUUCUGCUGAGCCAGAAGUCGCUUCCCCAGUAUUUGAGGUCGAACACACAGAGGAGGAGACGCUGCCUGUAGAAUCUCUUCCAGCAGAAGCCCCUCUUGAGGUCAAAGCACCUGAAGCCACAGAGGAGACCCCUGAUGCUAAAUCUGUUGAAGCUGUGCAGACAGAGGUUCUGGUUUCAGCUGAGGAGGUUGCAGAAGCAGCAGUAGAGGAGCCAGCUUUGACCCCUAAGGAUGUGGAAGAAGCUGAAGCUGAAGCAUCAUCCAAAAUACUGACAGAAGGUGUAGAACUUGUAAACGAUGAAGCCCCAAAUGGCAAUACCACAGCAGAGACUGCCUCAGAGGAUACAGGAACAGAAGAAGCUUCAACACCAACCCCAGUUUCAGCACUGGCUGAACCCUCAGGGCCUGCAGACACACCUGAGCCGCUGAUAGACACAGCCCUCGCUGCAGCCAGUAUUCCAGAGAUGACUCCAUUAACUCCCACUACAGCAGUUGCUCCAGCUGAGCAUAAUUCUGCCACUGAGGAGGAAACGCAGGUUGCUUCCUUAGCAGAGGUGCCGGGUCCUGCAGAGGUCACAGCGGCCCCCAAUCCAGCCCAGACCCCUGAAGCUCCACCAGAGACCGGAGUCACAGCAGAGGUUCCUGUGGUGAACCCCAUCACCGCUAAAUCUGAAGCCGCUUCAGAUCCAGAACCUGCUGCUGAACCAGUUCCUGAACCUCCACCGGAUGAGACGUCUAUAACUGAGGCCUCUAAGGAAACAGAGGCUGAAAUAACCAAAAAGCAGGACUAAAAUGUUUUUUGUCUUUCACAGAACAGAUUCACCAAAAAGAAAAAAAAAAACAUCAAGGGGAGCUGUGAAGAAGCUGUGAAAACCUAACUCCCAUUUUUAUCUCAUCAACAUUAAAAUAAUAGCCUUAAUAAGUUUUCAUUCAGAAUGGAUCAGGGUUUCUUAUCAUUUUUUACAUACAUGUAAACCUUUGCUGCAGAGAAAAAUAGUUUUUCUACUGGAAAGCACAAGUGCCUAAAGCCACACAUGUUGGCUUAUACACCAAAAAUGCAACAAGGACACUUUGAUGGCGAUAUGAGGCUGCAAUACUGUGAACUGUUGUUUAACAAGGGUAAUUACUCUGGGCUGGGGGUAUUUAAAACCUAUGAAGGGUGAAUCCAGUAAAUCCUUCUUUUUUUCUGGAGAAAACAAGCCAAAUUUGACUGUGAAUAAUAUAAUGCGUAAUGAGGAAACCUAACGGGAGGGACGGGUUAUCGUUGUCUCACCAUUAUCAGUGAUAAGGAUCAGGUGUAUCCUUUGUGUAAUCAGAUUUUACACAAAAAGGAUCAGUUAUUCCUUCUGCAGCAAAUGAUUUUAACAUUUUUCAUGCUAAGUUCAAAAUGUUGUUCUUUUUAGUUUAACGCAAAUAUAACAUGGUAAAAAAUUGACAUCCAUUUAUGGCUAUUUUUCUUAAAUUAAAAGAUUUUUUUCUUUUGAUUUGAACAGGUAGAUCAAUUUGCCAAUGGAAUAAGAUAAUUGAUAUUUAAAUAAGACAAAAAUAACUUCAAUAUCUUAUUUCAGGUGCACGAUAUCCAAUGAUCUUACUUGAAGGACAAAAAACUACUAAUUACAUCAACAGAUCGUUUUUUUUUAUUUGCUAAAAUGAAGGAUAAAAACUUUUAGUUUUAAAUUGUUAUGCUUCAAAAACUGAUCUAAAAUAUGCAAAAAAUGAUGGACUUGAGAUAAGAUAAAAGAGUUGCUUUUUCUUACUUUAAACGUAAAUCCUUUUAUUCCACGGGCAAAGUGUUUCACUUACCUGCUCCAAUCAAGAAAAAUUAUAUUUAUUUCAAGCCAAUUUGAUUUAGUUAGAAUUAAGUUUACAGUGUAGAGCCUGCAUUUGGCUGGUUAUGAGAGCUGCAAUAAUUAGCUGCACUCUAUGCUCCUAAAACAUCUUCUUUAUGAGAGGUAGUAGUCUUUAGGUUUUCAUACCUGCUGUUAUUUGGGGAUCAGUAGUACUUUAAACAGCCAAAUGUGUGUUUAUUGUAAUAAAGUGUGGGAGCAGCAGGGUUAAGGAAGGCUAAUGUGACUUUCUUCCCUUUUUUCCCAUUAGAGGAAAUUUAUGUCACUCUCCUGCAACAAUAAAAUGUAUGAAACAUUGUGAAAUAUAAUGUUGGCAGUUUGGAAAAUGUUUGUUUAAAAACAUAUAUAAACUGUCGCUCAGUGAAUCGACCCAUUCCUGCUCACAACCAGCUUAACUGUACUUUGACAUAACAAAUGUGAAGAGAUUUAGCAUUUGUAGGCUAAUAUUUAAUAUUCUAUUGGAAAAAACAAAAAAAACAAAUCCAUCAAAAAUAUCUUUACAUAUUGCAAAGGUGGGCUGCUCAGGUUCUGGGUUCGAUUCCUGGCCCAGGGUCUUUCUGCAUGGAAUUUGUAUGUUCUCCCUGAGCAUGUGUGGGUUCUCUCCAGGUACUCUGGCUUCCUCCCACAGUCCAAAAACAUGAAUGUUUGG